AUGGUGCCGAGUCCCAAGAGCAUUGCCUACUAUGUGCUCCACCCGAACGAAUUGCGCUCAAUCAUCCAGUGGAAAGUCUGGCACAACCCCGUCCACGAGCGCAACGAAGACAAAGACUCGGAAAACCUCAAGCGAUGCUUCCACUUCCUCAACCUGACGAGUCGCAGUUUCGCGGCCGUCAUCAUGGAGCUGCACCCCGAGCUGCUCGUUCCCGUCGCGCUGUUCUACCUCAUCCUCCGUGGACUCGAUACCGUCGAGGAUGACAUGACCAUUCCCCUCGAGAAGAAGGAGCCAAUCCUACGAGACUUCCACAACGUCUUGGAGCAGGAUGGUUGGACGUUCAAGGAGAACGGGCCGGACGAAAAGGACAGGCAGCUCCUGGUCGAGUUCAAUGUGGUCAUUGAGGAGUUCAAGCACAUCAAGCCAGCGUACAGGGACAUCAUCAAGGACAUCACCAAGCGCAUGGGCAAUGGCAUGGCAGACUACGCCAACAACGCGGAGCACAACCUGGUCGGCGUCAACACCAUCCGCGACUACGAGCUAUACUGCCACUACGUUGCAGGUCUCGUCGGCGAAGGCCUGACCCGCCUCUUCGUAGAGGCUGGUCUUGCCAAUGUUGCGCUGCUGAAGAAGCCGGAGCUCAUGGAGUCCAUGGGCCAGUUCCUCCAGCAGGUCAACAUCACCCGUGACAUCAAGGAGGAUCUGGACGACAAGCGCCGAUUCUGGCCCAGGGAGAUUUGGUCCAAACACGUCGACACCUUCGAAGAUCUUUUCAAGCCCGAGAACAAGCAAAAGGCCCUGGACUGCAGCUCGGAGAUGAUCUACACAGCUCUGACACGUGCAGACGACUGCCUGUACUACCUGGCCGGUCUCAGGGAGCAGAGUGUCUUUAAUUUCUGUGCUAUCCCUCAGACCAUGGCUAUUGCAACGCUGAAUGCCUGCUUCCAGAACUACGACAUCUUCGAGAAGAACGUAAAGAUCACAAAGGGCGAGGCCUGCCAGUUGAUGGUCGAGUCAUCGCAAAAUCUCCAGAUGGUCUGCGAGGUAUUCAAGCGGUACGCUCGCAAGAUCGCAAAGAAGAACAACCCACACGACCCCAACUUCCUGAAGAUCAGCAUCACCAUCGGAAGGAUAGAGCAGUUUGUCGAGUCCAUCUUCCCGUCGCAGAAGCCGCCUAUUGACCAGAAGUCGCCUGCUAGCGUCGAGGAGGCCGAGAAGGCAAAGAAGCAGGCGUACGAGGACAAGUGGGAUCUCAUCUACAUGACGACGGCCAUCAUCAUCACUGUGCUCAUCAUCACAGGCUCCAUGAUCUUUGUCGCUUAUCUGGCUGGUGCUCGCUUCGAUAUCGCCUACUACGAGAUGAAGCAGCAGGUGAGAGAGCUGAUGGGUUGGGCAGAGCCCAAGGUAGUCGAAGCAGUCAAGGUCGUGACCGAGAAGAGCGAGCUGUAA